ACCUGCAAAGGUCGUGUCAAGGUCUUUCACAAUAUUGUCGAGGUCAGGACCUUUUACGAGCGAAAUUCGACAUUCCAAGCAUCAAUUCAAAUUUUGUAAGUUUGAUAACAUCAAGCGCAUCCAGCCAAGUCAAAUCAGAAAGAUUCAAACUCUUGAUUUUGGCGGUACUAAAGAAAAA